UCAUCGCAUUCCAAAUACAUUCCCUCCAAACGAAACCGUUUCCCUCAUUUCUCGGAUCGCACAUCAAUGGAAACCGCCACCGCAACCGUCACCACCACCACAACCACCACGAAAGGCGCCGGUGGAAGAAGAGGCCAGAGGAAGAAGGCUGUUUCCAAAUCCUCCAAAGCCGGCCUUCAAUUCCCCGUUGGCCGUGUCGCCAGGUUCCUUAAGAAAGGCCGUUAUUCUCAGCGUUUAGGCACCGGAGCUCCGAUCUACCUCGCCGCUGUUCUCGAGUAUCUCGCCGCCGAGGUUUUGGAAUUGGCUGGGAACGCUGCACGAGACAACAAGAAGAACAGGAUCAACCCAAGGCAUGUGUUGCUUGCGGUGAGGAAUGAUGAUGAAUUAGGGAGAUUGCUUCAAGGUGUGACCAUUGCUAGCGGUGGAGUGUUGCCGAAUAUCAACCCUGUUUUGUUGCCAAAGAAGAGUACCAGCGCUACUGAGAAAUCCACCGCAUCAAAGUCCCCUGCUGAGAAAUAGAUGAUCCUGUUGUAUAUUUUAUUGUUAGGAUUUUCAGAUUUGUGCUUUUCAAUUUCGGUGAAGAUCGAAUACAUUACUCUAACUUUGGGUGUAUUACGUUGCCGAAUGCCAACUUGUUUGUGUGAUAUUGGACGGUGCAUAAAUGUAGCAGUUGGACAUUUCUAAUGGAAAAAGCUAUCUUACUUAGUGGA